AGUAUUCACUUGGCAGGCAAAGCAACAGAGAGUGCAGCAUUUAUUAUUGCACAUAAUUUGAACCAGCCUCAGCGAGCGGCUGAUGCUUAUCAACGAGCAAGUAAUUUCUUUAUGACCCAAGGCAGCAUUGAUCGAGCAGCUGAACAGCUAGACAAGGCUGGCAGAGUGUUAGAAAGUGUAGAUGUGAAUGCAGCAUUUGAUAUGUAUUCAAAGGCAUGUACAUUGUAUGAACAAGAGGACAGAGGUCGAUUUGCUAUGGAUAUUUACAAGAAGGCAGUGUCAUUACUUGUUCGUAAUAAAAAGUAUGAUAAAGCAAUCGAAAUGCUCAAGAGAGAAACUCAAGUGUUGAUGAAGUUGUCGAGUCGAACUCAUUUGUACAAAGCAUAUCUUAGUAUCUUGAUUUUGAUAUUUGCCAUUGGAGACGAUGUCGAAGCAGGUAAACAGUUUAGUAUCAUGUGUGGACAAGAUGCAGGAUUUGCACAUAGUGAAGAAGCAGAGAUAGCAGAAGAUUUGUUAAAGGCAUAUGAUCAAAGAGAUCAGGAACUACUCGAAAAGACCGUCAGAUUACAACACAUGACGUUCUUGGAUAAUGAGAUUGUAAAGUUGGCAAGACUCUUGACUGUGCCUGGUGAAGUAUUGAGUCAAAAGAACUUUCAACCCAAUUUGGAUGAAGACGAAGACGAUUUACGAUAA